GAGGAUUUGCUAUAAAGCGGCUGUGGUGACUGGUUUAAAGGGCAGAGUUGUAAAAACUCCCGGGCAGUGGGGGAGUCAGGUUGCUUAUUAAGACGCAAGCUGGCCUAUUAGAGAACGAAAAAGCGAGGAUAAAAGCAAACAGGACAGAAGCACUAAGACGCUGUAACUGGAAUAAUAAUAAUAAUAAUUUCCUAUCCACAGAGGUUAGCUAGGGAUCAUUGCGGAAGCUACAAACUACAUCCGGAAUCCACCUGAGUCCUGCUCGUGCGUAUGUCCCUGUGGAACGAGAAAUCUAUUACCAGCAGCCAGCAUCCUGUUUGCUCAAACUGAUCACUUACUGCCUAGGAGGUUUUUGCAACGCUCGGUUUGAGCAGCUCUCGAAGGCGUGCACACACACACACUGUCUUGCGACUGUCUUGCGACUGUGAAGCAGCUAUGCAGCUUGAAAUCCAAGUAGCACUCAACUUCAUCAUAUCCUAUCUGUACAACAAACUCCCUCGUCGUCGGGUGAACAUCUUCGGCGAAGAACUUGAACGGCAGUUGAAAAAGAAAUAUGAAGGUCACUGGUACCCUGACAAGCCAUACAAAGGGUCUGGGUUUAGGUGUAUACAUGUUGGGGAGAAGGUUGAUACGGUAGUGGAAGAAGCAGCCAAAGAGAGCGGGAUUGACAUCGAAGACGUCAGGAACAACUUGCCUCAGGACCUCAGUGUGUGGAUCGACCCGUUUGAGGUCUCUUACCAGAUCGGAGAGAAGGGACCCAUCAAGGUGCUUUACAUGGACGAUAAUGGUGAGAACGGGUCCGAGUUGGACAAGGAGAUCAGGAAUAGUUUUAACCCCGAUGCUCAGGUCUUCAUGCCAAUCAGCGACCCUGUGGGCGUCUCCUCUGAGUCUAGCUCUCCGUCGCCACCAUUUGGCCAGUCUGCUUCUGUCAGCCCCUCGUUUAUGCCACGCUCCACUCAACCUUUAACUUUCACCACAGCCACUUUCGCUGCCACCAAGUUCGGCUCCACCAAAAUGAAGAACAGCAGCCGCACUGGUAGUAAAGUGGCACGCACAUCUCCUACCAACCUGGGCCUGAACGUGACCAGCCUACUGAAGCAUAAAGCCAUUUCCAAUUCCAUGCAUUCUCUUUACGGUCUUGGUCUUGGAGGGCAGCCACAGCCGAAAGCCUCUGCGCUCUCUCCUAAUGCCAAGGAGUUCGUUUUUCCUAACCUCCAGAGCCAGGGCAGCUCCACCACAAUGUUCAGCAACGAGAACCCACUCAGCCUCAGCCCUCUGCAGUACAACAAUGCCUUUGAUGUGUUUGCAGCCUACGGGAGCCUCAACGACAAAUCUCUCGUGGAUGGUCUAAACUUCAGCCUAAACAACAUGCAGUAUUCCAACCAGCAAUUCCAGCCAGUAAUGGCUAACUAAAUGAAUCCAGAAUUUAUGAAUUAUUGUUGGCAAAAGGAAGGGGAUAAGAUGACGCACACUAACAAAGGACAUAAAAAGAAUUGUGGAAGUAGAAGCAAAAAAACAAAAUAAAAAAAACCUAUUAGUCGCUGGAAAGAGCAUGUGCCCAAGGGUGUUGUCUUUCUGUGCCCCCUUGAGUUUGUUUCUACUAAAAGCUUGUUGUAUGUGUCCAAGCUUGGUUACUUUCAAAUCAUUUUCAUUUUCCCUAUUUUUGCCAACAAAGCACAACUUUUUUUUUUUUUUUUUACUGUUUUAAAAAAUGGUCUAAAUAUUAAAGUUUAAAAAAAAAGCUUCAAGUUCUGGCCUCCUACAGUAUUUUCAAGUUGGUUAAGACUUGGCUGAUUUUUAAGAAAUUGGCACGAAUGAAUAUCUGGGGUUACUUGGUCUUUUUUUCUAAUUGUAUAAUUUAAUUGAGUACAGAGUUUGUAAAGUAUCAGAGUAUAUAUUGUUUCUAUGACAUGGUAUUGCAUUUAUAUCUUUUUACUACUCCAGUGAUCUGUGAUGGCUGCAGCAGCUUUGUUAUAUAUUUUUUUUUUAAUGAAAGUUAUUAUUGAGGAAAUCCACCUUUAAAAUAGAUACAAAAAAAAUUCUAAAGAUUGUGUACAGGAUAUACUUUAGUGUUGGAAAUUCAGUGUAGGAUUUUUUUUUUUUUUUUUUGAAAGACAAAAGUUGUAUUUUCUGUUAAGAGUUGAGAUUUUUGCUAUAUUAAGGACAAUGUAAUCAUAUAUUAAUUUUGUACCUACAUUGUGCAAUACUUGAUAAAAUACGGUAUAACAAAGUAUUUUGAGUCAGUGUCUUACAUGUGAAGAGGGACUGAAAUAGUUUAUAUUAAGUUUGUAUUAAAAUGCUUAAAAAUAUAUGCUUGUCUUUAUUUUUUUUUCAUAUUUGCACCCUGGCCUUUUUCAAUAAAAGCAAGUUUAGUCAAAAUAUGUGCUCUCAGCAUGAUUCAUUUGCUUGCACUCUUCUCUCUCUGUCCCGUCUCCUCCCCCCAAAAAAAGUGUCACAGACCAUGAUGGAAAUUGCUGGGUUUUUAAUCUUGAUUCAUUUAGGAGCAUUUAUUCAGUGUGACUUUGUGGGAGUCAGAAUCUCGUCAAAACAAGGUUGGUUCCAGGCUCUUGCUCUGAGGCCUAUGGUGUGUGUCUCUACUUGUCCUGGCUUUUUGAGCUUAGAAUCUCGACCAGUGUGCUUAGUUAGGUGUAUGUGGAAACUGUCCUCAGGAGUGCUUCUUGUCUUUUAUUAUCCUGCUUUCUGAACAAGAAAGGGAUCAAUAGUCCAUUCAAGACAUGAACUAUUGAUCUGGUGUGUGGGGGGUGCUUUUAUUUAAAAAAAAAAAUUACUAAUAGCCACGGGGCGGCACGGUGGUGUAGUGGUUAGCGCCGUCGCCUCACAGCAAGAAGGUCCUGGGUUCGAGCCCCGGGGCCGGCGAGGGCCCUUCUGUGCGGAGUUUGCAUGUUCUCCCCGUG